AUGGACCAUGCCUUCCCCCGCGCAUCGGAGUCGACCCCAGUUGCGAGAACAUCGGAAGGCAGCCCGGAAUCUCCACACAACCAGGAUGGACAAGCUAGAGCGGAGGCGCAAAAGACAGGCGCAAACUCCCAGUCAAUAUCAGACCUCUCACGGGAGGUUCCGAUGGAGGAGGACUCUCUAGAACCUGACGAGUACCCCGCGGCCCCCAUGAACCUGUCCGGUGCUUUGGAGAAGCAGGCGCAACAAGCAAACGCCAAUGAUUUCCUCCCGCAUAGCGCAAUAGUUUCAUCGAGCGGAGCAGCCUCAAGGGCUGCAGGUAUGCAACCUGCACAAAGCCUGUUCAACAACCCUCCAAAUCUCGCCAGAAUUCGCCGGGUUUUGUUUGAAUGCAAAGAUCCCAUCGAAAUCACACUGGAGGAAUUCGAGACCUACUGGCCUUUCAUUGAUAACGUCUGGGUCAAGCAGAGAUCUAAUGCCAGCAAGGAAGGCCAUUGUACUACGGAUUAUUAUAUGUGCCGACUACGGCGCCCAACACAUCGCACCUCGGAGACGCGUCCGUUACCUGAGGGUAAAAGACCCCGGAAGAAACGGGUGCGGGAAGGAGGCCUCUGCAAUUUUCAGAUCAAGGUGGUCCGGUUCGAGGGCGCUUUCUCAACCGUCACGAUUGCAAGAACGCCGGGAAGCAGUAGCGUCCAUUCCCAUGACCUAGAUUUUAUUGAUCGAGUAAAACGUAACUCGGGGCUCAUGGAAUCGGCGCGAAAAGAAUGCGCAAAGGGGUAUCUACCAUCUUCAAUUUACACCAAGUUCCAGGAAGAGCCGAAAGCACUCGAUGAAGCCGGCGGGCGGUUUCUCACCGUGACCGAUGUGCGCAAUGUCUCGGCGAAGUGGCGGAUCCAGAAUCCAGAAGUGCAGCUUAUUCCCCACAAGGGUUACGAGCUGGUCAAGGGUCAUGGAAUCGUCAAAUCCCAGCAAUCUGCCGUCGAUGGGGUCGUUGAGCCAACAGUGCAGCCGACGCCGUCCACGUCAACCUCCUCCCCUCACCUGCCACCAGAUACUCUGUCUUUCCCACGGUUUUCCCUGGAAUUUCUACAGCCUUACCUACCGAACCACCUGGAGCGACGGGAGCUGCCCCAUGUCACCUUAUCCUACGCCUCGUCCAUGGACUCCAAAAUAUCUCUUCGGGCAGGUAUGCAGACCGUGCUAUCAGGGCCAGAGGCCAAACUUAUGACCCACUACUUGCGUUCCCGACACGAUGCAAUCCUGAUUGGAGUAGGUACCGUUCUUGCCGACAAUCCGGGGCUGAAUUGCCGCCUUGAGGGGGCCGGCGGCUUUGGAGGACUCGGGCGGAUGUGGCAGCCUCGCCCAGUGGUCAUCGAUCCGAUGGGACGGUGGCCUAUCCAUCCCGAAUGUCGAAUGUUACGAACUGCUGUGGAAGGCAAAGGCAAGGCACCGUGGGUCGUCGUCUCACCUGGGGCUCAAAUCAACCCUCAGAGGCUGAUGAUGUUGAAGGGCUACGGGGGCGACUUUCUCCGGAUUGUGGAAUACAACCAGAACUGGCGACUCCGGUGGGAGGCCAUUCUCCGAUCUCUUGCAUCAGAAGGCAUCAAAAGUGUCAUUAUUGAGGGCGGCGCGACCGUUCUAAGUGAGCUGUUGAACCCGGAGUAUGCCAACUUCAUCGACUCGAUCAUCGUCACGGUGGCACCCACGUAUCUAGGGCGUGGCGGCGUGAGCGUCAGCCCGGACUCCAAGUUGGACCAGGAAGGCAAUCCUAAUGCUGCAUUGAAUCCCCGCGACGUCAAAUGGACGCCGCUUGGCCAGAAUGUCAUCAUGUGUGGUAAUAUCCGCCCGCAAGAGGCUGAGCGACCGGAGAAUCCUCCUCCAUGA